ACAAGUGGCAUGUCAUUUGUUCCAAGGAACUGCGGAACGUGGUGCUUACGUCACUGCUCCAGCCAGGUGGCAUUCCAAGUGGGGAGAGGAGACGUGGAGGCACAAUCAAAAUUCCAAAUCACAAACCAAGUCAGGAUGUGAGGCGCGUGUAAAGCAAAUUUCAGUCCUACAACACAACACCGCUGUUCACUGGCACCAGAAGAGGAGGAGAAACAUUUGGUUCCUUUUGUGGGACAAAUUCACGGACUGAAAAGAACUGCAAACAAAUAAUCUGGAGAAAAAGAACCAAGCCAAGGGACAUUCAACAUGUCUUCUGCACAAGUAUCUUCAUCUCGGAGACAGUCGUGUUACCUGUGCGAUUUACCCCGUAUGCCAUGGGCUAUGAUUUGGGAUUUUACGGAGGCAGUGUGUAGAGGUUGUGUGAAUUAUGAAGGUGCGGAUCGGAUCGAGUUUGUUAUCGAAACUGCACGCCACCUGAAACGAGCUCAUGGUUUCCAAGAAGGGAGAUCCCCCGGUCCUCCACCACCACCCACAAUAAAAACACAGGCGGCAAUAUCAGCCAAGGAAACGGUGCAGAUAAACCAUGUGGACGGACCCUCUAAACAACAACAAUCAGCGAUGGAUCGCUACUCUCUGAGCGCAGAAAGACCUCGCUUUGACUACUCAAGUAUUGGCGCCCAUGCUAGCCGACUUCCCAAUGGAUUGAGUGGUCCAAAUGGGUUCCCCAAACCGGACGAUGGUCCCCCGGAACUGAACCGACAGAGCCCGAACUCCCGUCGAAGCCACGGUCUCGUUGCGGUCCCAGGCCAAAUGAAUGUUCCCCCAAACCUUCUCCCACAGACCAUGCUGAAUGGACCCUCAUCGGCAACAGCCAUAGCCCCGCAUAGCCUGUCCAGUCGCCCCCCUCCUCCAUCCAUUGUGGGUCCCUCAUUGUCCAUGGCAUCCCAGUCCAUGUCAGAACAAGGUAAACGUCCAGGCUCGGUGUCCAGCACUGACCAAGAGAGAGAUCUGAAAGAAAAACAGCGUAACGCUGAGGCUUUGGCUGAGCUUAGUGAAAGUUUAAGAAACCGAAACGAAGACUGGGCAAACAAACCAAAAAUAGUACGGGACACUUUGGUUACUCUUUCAAACAGCUCGCCAUUUGAUGUGAGAUUUAAAAAGGACCAUUCACUGGUGGGAAGGGUGUUUGCUUUCGAUGCUGUGUCAAAGCCUGGAAUGGACUAUGAAUUAAAAAUAUUUGUCGAGUACCCAAGUGGAUCUGGUAAUGUAUUUUCAAGCGCGUCGGGGGUGGCCAAACAAAUGUAUCAGGACUGCAUGAAGGACUUUGGCAGAGGGCUCUCCUCUGGCUUUAAAUAUUUGGAAUAUGAGAAAAAACAUGGUUCUGGGGACUGGCGCCUCCUAGGUGAUUUGCUCCCGGAGUCGGUCCGAUUCUUUAAAGAGGGGUUGGGUGUUGAAAUGUUGCCUCAGCCCUACAUCGAUGCCAGCUGUCCUUUGCUGCCCACUGCUUUGGUUAACAUCCCUCGUGCUUUGCCAUCUGCGAGUGCCCCGAGGACUGGCGUUCGUAAACGUAAAGCAUCCCCAGAACCUGACUCUGCAGAGAGCGCGCUGAAACUAUCUGAACAGGAACAACAGAGGCAGCAGUGGAUGGCUAGUCAGAGCGAGGCGUUAAAACUAACCAUGGCAUCCGGAUCAUUCGGUGCCUCACACGGGGGACCCCCGCCGCUCGGACCUGGCCAUUCUGUUCAUUCAAGUCGCGCCACACCCCCUGAAUCAGCACCCCAAAAUGGACAGUCUCCAAUGGCCGCCCUUAUGUCUGUCGCAGACACGUUGGGAAAUGCGCACUCCCCGAAGGACAACAACUCCGUUCACUCCACCACAUCGACCAGGCAUAACAGCAGCAGCCCGGUCUCCCCGGCCUCUGUUUCUGGUCAGAGGCGUUUGGCUUCUCGCAACGGAGAGCUCAAUCUGUCCGGGGCUCCCUCUCAGUCUAGUACACAUUCUGCCAUGGAUCAGGUCCACGCGCAAAACAUUCCCGAUUCGCCCAUGGCAAACAACGGACCUCUGUGUUGUACCAUUUGCCACGAACGUUUAGAGGAUACACAUUUCGUUCAGUGUCCCUCCGUUCCCAACCAUAAAUUCUGUUUCCCUUGUUCUCGAGAGAGCAUCAAAGCGCAGGGAGCAACUGGCGAGGUGUAUUGUCCUAGCGGAGAGAAAUGCCCCCUGGUAGGUUCUAACGUGCCCUGGGCGUUCAUGCAAGGUGAGAUAGCAACAAUAUUAGCUGGAGACGUUAAAGUAAAAAAGGAAAGAGACCCAUAGAUGUGUCCUAUGGUUUCCCGUAGAAACGUGAAUUUUAGUCGAAUACAGUAUACACGUGUGAAUACUCAAAACUGACAAAAAUAACCGAUGUACAGAGACUUUCUUCCCCUCCUAUUUCUGUUUUUAAAACAAAGGAACUGUGCAGUAUGUGAUGUCAUGUCACCUAAUUUUAUGGAGGGUGUUUUGACGGGUGUGUUGUAUUUGGAUGGCAGUGACAAGUCAAUGCACUUCAACUUUGUAAUAAUUGCUGCAGUUUUAUUUCCUUGAACUCAUGCACUUCUCAUUAUAAAAGGCCAGUUUAAACUUCCAAUGAAUAUAUGUCUGUAAAGUAAA